UUCCCGCCAAACUCCAAAGAGUAGUAAACUGAUUUUUGGCGCCAGAUGACGUCUGGCUGAGUCGGCUCCUGAUUCCACCUUUUUGAGCAUUAAUAUCCAUCUUUGCCCCCUGGAUCUGCACUUAGCUUCGAAUCCGAAUUAAGUGCAGUUUUGUUUCUGUUUUGAUUGGUCACAAUACACAGAGAUUCGGUCUUCAUCUUCUCCUUGGGACAAAGGGAGAACCUUGGCCUGCUGCUUCCCCUGCCAGGUACCGCAGCCAUGUGGAUCCAGGUGCGCACCAUGGAUGGGAAAGAGACCCAUCGGGUGGACUCCCUCUCCAAGCUCACCAAGGUGGAGGACCUGCGCCAGAAAAUCUUUGAGACCUUCAACGUGGCCCCGGAUCGGCAGAGGCUUUUCUACAGGGGCAAACAGAUGGAAGAUGGCCAUUCCCUUUUCGACUACAGCGUUGGCCUGAACGAUAUUGUGCAGCUGCUGGUGCGGCAGAGCCCUGCCCUACAGCCGGCGGCCGGCAAAGAGAAGGACUCUGAACUGUCCGACACAGACUCCGGCUGCGGCCCCAGCGAAUCAGACAAAAGCUCCAAUAAUGGGGAGGGCUCUGUAGAGAUGGAGGGGCAUCCUGGCGUGGCCGCUCCCCUCGAUUUGGUGGACCCAGGCUUUGGGUUCUACAAGAUCAACGAGUUGGUGGAUGCACGUGACACCAGCAUGGGAGCCUGGUUUGAAGCCAUCGUGGUCAACGUGACGCAGAAAGGCGAGGCGGCCAGCAAGGUGACCGAAAGCGAUGAGGAAACGGACAUGCCGGAAGUGAUCCCCGAUGAGGACAUUGUCUAUCAUGUGAAAUACGAAGAUUAUCCAGAGAACGGUGUCAUCCAGCUGAGCUCGAAGAACGUUCGCGCCCGCGCUCGGUCGACUCUCCAGUGGGAGGAACUCUCUCCCGGGGACGUGGUGAUGCUGAAUUACAACCCAGACGACCCCAAGGAGCGGGGCUUCUGGUACGACGCGGAGAUCCUCCAGAAGCGAGAGAGCCGGACGUACAAGGAGCUGUAUGCCAAGAUUGUCCUUGGGGACGGUGGGGAUGUCUUGAACGACUGCCGGAUCACUCUGGUGGACGAGAUCUACAAAAUCGAAGAGCCCGGGAAUGCGGUUCCCCUCACCAUUGCAAGUCCCAUGAAAAGACAGAGUGGGCCCGUCUGUAAGCACUGCAAGGACAACCCCAGCAAGACGUGCCGGAUGUGCGCCUGCUACAUCUGUGGCGGAAAGCAGGACCCCGAGAAGCAGCUCAUGUGUGAUGAGUGCGACAUGGCCUUCCACAUCUACUGCCUCAACCCCCCUCUCAGCCGAAUACCCGACGAUGAGGAUUGGUAUUGCCCCGAAUGCCGCAACGAUGCGAGUGAAGUGGUUUUGGCUGGCGAGAAGCUGAAAGAAAGCAAAAAGAAAGCCAAGAUGGCUUCUGCGAAUUCGUCUUCCCAGCGGGACUGGGGAAAGGGCAUGGCGUGCGUCGGCCGCACCAGGGAAUGCACCAUCGUCCCCUCGAACCAUUACGGGCCGAUUCCCGGCGUCCCCGUCGGCACCAUGUGGAAGUUCAGGGUCCAGGUGAGCGAGUCGGGAGUCCACAGGCCCCAUGUGGCCGGCAUCCACGGCAGGAGCAACGACGGAGCCUACUCUCUGGUUCUGGCAGGAGGCUACGAAGAUGACGUGGACCACGGGAAUUCCUUUACUUACACAGGAAGUGGCGGUCGCGAUCUCUCUGGGAACAAGCGCACGGCGGAGCAGUCGUGUGAUCAGAAAUUGACCAACAUGAACAGGGCUUUGGCGCUGAACUGCAGUGCUCCCAUCAACGACAAGGAGGGCUCCGAGGCAAAGGACUGGAGGGCCGGGAAGCCCGUCCGGGUCGUGCGGAACGCAAAGGGAGGCCGGCACAGCAAGUAUGCCCCCAAGGAAGGGAACCGCUACGACGGCAUCUAUAAGGUGGCAAAAUACUGGCCCGAAACGGGGAAAUCUGGCUUCUUGGUGUGGCGCUACUUGCUCCGAAGGGACGACGAGGAGCCGGCCCCUUGGACCCGGGAAGGGAAGGAGCGGAUGAAGAAGCUGGGGCUGACCCUGCAGUAUCCCGAAGGCUACCUGGAAGCUGUUGCAAGCAAAGAGCAAGAGAACGGCAAGGCUCCCGAAGAGGUCGAGACCCCGGGGAAAGGGAAGCGGAAAAGGAAAUCCGGGAAUGAGUCGGACCCCGCUCUUUCUCCUGCUGGGACCCCGAAGAAGAGCAAAGGGGAGACCUACAAGCUCACCCCACAGCAGAAAGCGCUUAUCAAAGAGGACGAAGCCAAUACGAAGCUGUGGAACGAAGCCCUCGAAGCCCUUAAGGAUGGACCGAAAUUCCUAAACAAAGUGGAGGAAACCUUCCUCUGCAUCUGUUGCCAGGAGGUGGUCUUCCAGCCCAUCACCACCGUCUGCCAGCACAACGUGUGUAAGGACUGUCUGGACCGGUCUUUCCGGGCCGAAGUGUAUAGCUGCCCGGCCUGCCGUUACGAUUUGGGGAAAAACUACUCGAUGCAAGUGAACGAGCCCUUACAGAGCCUUCUCGGCCAGUUCUUCCCAGGCUACGGCAACGGACGGUGAUUCCAGAAAGCACUUCCGAUCUCCCUCCUUUGCCCCGUUGUCGCCCCUUUCCCUUUACAACCUUUUUGUGGGGCUGCGAUGGGGCUUUUUUAUUUAAAUACAAAAAAUAGACUUUCUAAAGCUUACGAGUCCCCCUUUUCGCCCCGUAUUCCCGAGAUAGUGCUUUAUCAACAUUGCAAAUUGACCAUACAAAUUGGGGCAGCGUUUCCGUUCCUUUAAGAGUUAAAACUAUAUAAACCCUGGCAUGUUUGCUAGAACAAUCUCCGCUAGUCGACGGAUUUGGGCCAUACGUUCCAUGUAUUUUCGGUGGCAGCCAUUAUUAUUAUUAUUAUUUGGUUAUUAUUAUUAUUAUGUGUUGGAAUGAGAUCUUUAGCUUAGGAUCCUUCUUCUUUGCUCAUUCUUGAGGAUUGCUAGCCUUUGCAUCAAAGUUACUACCUCAAGACCUUCAGUUCGAGAGUUGCCAUAUGGAGAAAAAGUAUCAAAAAGCCAUUCGAAAGUGCCUUUUUUGGGGGAAACCCUUUAAAAAGCACUAAAUUCAGUCUUUUGGGAGGAGAUUAUAGAUUAUAAUGCUACCAUUCCGUAUCGGUAGAUUUAGAUGUAGCUCUAUGCCUGUUACCCUUCCAGCGUCCCUUGCCGAUUCUCAAUCCGCUUUCUUAGAAAUUGAAUCUUAAAACCUUGGUGGUUUUAUAUACAGUAUAUAUAUAUCUAUUCAGCAGUUGGUGUUUUUUUAUUGUCUUGUUUUCUGUUUUUGCCUCAAUAAGAACCAAACCUCCGCAGCUAAUACCUCACCAAGAGUAAUCAGGGUCAAUAGCAAGUCACUGCUCAUCUCCCGACAGACUGGAACAAAUGUGUGUGUGUGUUUGUUUUUAAUGUCUUGAUAAAAUAUAUAUCGUUUGGGGGAACGGAAACGUGUUUUUUGUACAAACAAGUUCUCAAAAUAAAAGUACUCUUCUUUUCGUA